AUGGCCCUCUUUGAACUGAAAUGGAGUUUGUUUCAGGUCAAGGCACUAGUCUGCUCCCUGCUGGUCCUCCUGUGUAUCCACACAGCCACAGGGAUGUCAGGGUGGGGUGGAUGUUUGGAUGGUGAGGAUGUAUUUACAACAGUCAGAGAAAACAGCCAACCAGGAGUGGUCAUUGCUGAACUCAUGGCUGAAACCACAAUGGAGGGGGUUUACUGGAGCCUGAAUGGAAAGGAUGCUGAUUGGUUCUUCUUGGAUGAAAGAAGCAUCCGGCUGAACACAUCAGCUGACAAGGUCCUUGACCGAGAGGCUGAGGGCCCUGUCCUAAUGGCUGAGUUGUCAUGUUAUGAAGAUGACACACUGCAGGGUGUGCACAGGCUCAUGGUGGAGAUCCUCAAUGAGAAUGAUAAUUUCCCAAUAUUUGCAGAGGACACUGUCCAGUCUCUUAUUAUCAGUGAGCUGACUCCAGUCAAUACUGUGGUGUUUACUGUCCAGGCCACUGAUGCAGAUAAUGACAAGAUCAUUUACUCCAUUGACCAGGCAUCACCUGAUGCAGAAUACUUCAAGGUUGAUCUCCCCAACAGCGGAGAGGUGAUCCUGUCCAAGCCUCUUGACUAUGAAACCAAAACCCUGCUUACUGUCACCAUCCAUGCCUCGGAAAUGAAUACAGCUGAGCACUUCAAUACCAGCACCACCAUCAACAUCACCGUCCUGGAUGGAGAUGACCAGUACCCACAGUUCCUGCCCUGCAUGCUGCUUUUCCAGGAUGAGACCAGUCGCAUCUGCACCAGCCCUGUGUACACAGUCAACAUCACAGAGGGGGAAGCGGACAUUGUGUUGGACUUCUCUCCUGGUCCCAUUCAUGCAGUGGAUGGAGACAGAGGAAUCAGCUCUCCACUAAGCUAUGCCAUUCUCUCAGGGGACGAUGAUGGGCAUUUCCUGAUGGACAAAGAAACAGGGGAAAUAAAACUGAUUCGGGGGGUUGGAGACAAACUCACAACUCCAGAGCUGCAUCUACAGGUCAUGGCAUAUCAAGAAAAUGACCCAAGGAAGUAUUCUGUUGCGACAGUGUUGGUCCGAGUUCUGGCAGUGAACCAGUUUUACCCAGCAUUUGACAUGGCUGAAUAUCAAGGCUUUUUAACUGCCGGAAAGAGCCCUGCCUCGCUGGUCAAUACCUAUGGCAGCAAAGCGCUGAUGUUACAUGUGCAGGAUCAAGACUUCAACCAUGGUUUCAAUCCCAUGAUCCACUUCACCUUCAGUCCUACAUCCAAUCACACAGAUAUCUACCAGAUCACACAGGAGGGGCUUCUGAUCGCAAGGACCAAUCAACUCAAACCAAAACAGAAACACAUUCUUAAGGUCACAGCUAUAGACCAAGAGUCGGGUGAUGCCACCUUUGCUACUGUAGUGGUGGAGGUGUUACCUGAAGGACAAUCAAUCCCUAACAGUCCACUGGGAGAAGAACGCCCAAUAAGCUGCACUUUGGGCAAAGCCAUGUUUCUAAGCAUGAUGUUCAUGACUGUACUUGGAUGCAUCCUGUCUGUGGUAAUGUGGCUGAAGAGGAAACACAGAGGAAAGAGGGACCCACUGCAGAGAGGCUGUGUUGCCCAAGGCAAACACCCCAAUGUGAGCUUACGUUGGUUCCAACUGGCGAGUCACCCCAGCGGCAUGCUGCACAAUGAGGAACAAGCAUAUAACAGUGAAGAAUGUGGAACCUGCAAUCCUUCCUUCAGCCUCCCAGACAAUCCUGGCGUCUAUACCAACCAAGACCUCGCCUCCUCUGGAGGACCCGUUCCACCCAGAACGACUGCUGCACCUGACACCAGCUUAAUCGCCAAUGAAACUGUGAACAGCCCUGUCAUCUUCAAAAACGAUGUUUCUACACCGAUCAAAAGCUCCUCCUGUUCACCAGCCUUUGACCCAGCCGCUGUGGAUGUGAGCCCCACACAUAUGGCUCAAGAUGCUGCUCCGCUUGAAGAAAACCCUGGCACACCAACUGAUACAACCCUUGACCCUACCGAGGUACCACCUAACACCAGUCCUAGCCCUGCAACCCCUGAUGCCAUUGAAACUCCACCCCUCACCUGUCCUGAUUCACAAACAACCACCAACGAUGACCCUGCCGACCCUGUCACCAGCCCCUCCUCUCAAUCCAGUGUUCCAUGGAGUCAUACCCGAAUCGCUUCGGCAGAAAUAGACAAACCCUUCUGCAAACCUCGUGUGAAGACACCCCCAUAUUCACCUUUGUCGUCCUCACCCCUCUCCAAGCAGACGGGCACACCCCCGCCCACCCCAGAGCAAGCGCCUUUAAAGGCCAAGCUUGUACAUGUAGAUACAUCACCCCUUAACACACCUCCAGUAUCACCAGAGCGAACGUCUGUGACCCUGAGCACAGAGGCAGACGGACCCUCCACAUCACUGGACCUACCAGAGCCAUCAGGCGAGGCUGCAGACGCCGACAGUCCAUCUCAGGACAGGAGGCCCUCCACAAACUCAGGAAACACGCAGGGCAGCCGCGGGGAUGUGGAUGAAGACGGUUUUCUGGGAGAUGAAGAUGCAGACAAGAACAGUGUGGAUGACGAUGAGUUAGAGCCAGACGAAGAGGAGCUGCUGAGAGUGAUGGCUCGUUGUAAUCCCAUUUUUAUCACAUUCAGUAAGUGA